GAGUCUAGUCACGGUCCCAACGCCUGUUUUUCGCUGCCGCGGGGUUCAAGCCCUGACCGACUCUGGCUUCGCGCCGGGAUUCCAAUAAAAGCAAUGAAGCUCUACGUGUUUUCGUUGGUGGCGGCCUUUGGAGCCAAGCUCAAGGCUGACGUGGCAUGCAAAGGCAGCAAGGUGGCUGCCUGGACCUGCGAUGACGUCACCAACAACUGCGACCAGCACUACUACGCCACGGAUGCUGGUGUCAAUGUGCAGUGCGGAAAAACGACCAACGGCCAGUGCCUUUCAAUGGGGCCAAUCUGCACGGAGACCACGGGGGGCUUGCCGUCAUCGCCGGCGAAGAACUCGUGGGCUCCGCAGAAGGCGGGGGCCAAGUUGAGCUUCGAGGGCGUUUCAACCGCCUGGCAGAAAGUCAAAGAUGGGGACGAGAUGACGUGGGAGGUGAUGUGGCAAAGUAAGGGCUCGCCCAACAUGGACCACUCCUUCAUCAUGGGCUCAAAUGCUUGCGGCUCGAUGGAAGCUGGUAUUGGCAUCACGGUGCGGAGCACUGGUGAGCUUGGCGGAUGCUCCAUUGUGGGAGGCACCUGGGAUAACUACGUCGGCUUGGCGCCCAAUGUCGAUAUGAAGGUGUUGGACGGCAAGUGGCACCACAUCGUCGUAGUUUUCAGCAGAUCGCAGAAGACUCUGAAACUCUACCUAGAUGGGGCCGUCGCCUAUGACAAAACGGUCAUCAAGACCACCAACACCGACGGGGACCUCGGCAGUGACUUUGCUUUCGGGCCCGGCAGGCGAACGUACAACGGCAAGGCCUACGAGCACGACUCCAGGUUUGCACGGAUUGCUCUUUGGAGCCGUGCGCUCUCCGGCGAUGAGAUCAAGAAUUGCAAAGACAAAUGCCCCACGUCGGACGGGUUGGUCGCGCUUUACACCAUGGACAACACCUACGACGAUGCGCAGGGCAAGUAUGCCGCCUUGACCAAUCACGAUGGCGCUUUCUCAAGCGACAUCUACACCACUACUGACAUGUGCUUGUGGGCUGGCUCGUCUUCCUCGACAGGCGGCUUGCCGUCAUCGCCGGCGAAGAACUCGUGGGCUCCGCAGAAGGCGGGGGCCAAGUUGAGCUUUGAGGGCGUUUCAACCGCCUGGCAGAAAGUCAAAGAUGGGGACGAGAUGACGUGGGAGGUGAUGUGGCAAAGUAAGGGCUCGCCCAACAUGGACCACUCCUUCAUCAUGGGCUCAAAUGCUUGCGGCUCGAUGGAAGCUGGUAUUGGCAUCACGGUGCGGAGCACUGGUGAGCUUGGCGGAUGCUCCAUCGUGGGAGGCACCGGGGCUAACUACGUCGGCUUGGCGCCCAAUGUCGAUAUGAAGGUGCUGGACGGCAAGUGGCACCACAUCGUCGUAGUUUUCAGCAGAUCGCAGAAGACUCUGAAACUCUACCUAGAUGGGGCCGUCGCCUAUGACAAAACGGUCAUCAAGACCACCAACACCGACGGGGACCUCGGCAGUGACUUUGCUUUCGGGCCCGGCAGGCGAACGUACAACGGCAAAGCCUACGAGCACGACUCCAGGUUUGCACGGAUUGCUCUUUGGAGCCGUGCGCUCUCCGGCGAUGAGAUCAAGAAUUGCAAAGACGAAUGCCCCACGUCGGACGGGUUGGUCGCGCUUUACACCAUGGACAACACCUACGACGAUGCGCAGGGCAAGUAUGCCGCCUUGACCAAUCACGAUGGCGCUUUCUCAAGCGACAUCUACACCACUACUGACAUGUGCUUGUGGGCUGGCUCGUCUUCCUCGACAGGCGGCUUGCCGUCAUCGCCGGCGAAGAACUCGUGGGCUCCGCAGAAGGCGGGGGCCAAGUUGAGCUUUGAGGGCGUUUCAACCGCCUGGCAGAAAGUCAAAGAUGGGGACGAGAUGACGUGGGAGGUGAUGUGGCAAAGUAAGGGCUCGCCCAACAUGGACCACUCCUUCAUCAUGGGCUCAAAUGCUUGCGGCUCGAUGGAAGCUGGUAUUGGCAUCACGGUGCGGAGCACUGGUGAGCUUGGCGGAUGCUCCAUCGUGGGAGGCACCGGGGCUAACUACGUCGGCUUGGCGCCCAAUGUCGAUAUGAAGGUGCUGGACGGCAAGUGGCACCACAUCGUCGUAGUUUUCAGCAGAUCGCAGAAGACUCUGAAACUCUACCUAGAUGGGGCCGUCGCCUAUGACAAAACGGUCAUCAAGACAACCAACACCGACGGGGACCUCGGCAGUGACUUUGCUUUCGGGCCCGGCAGGCGAACGUACAACGGCAAAGCCUACGAGCACGACUCCAGGUUUGCACGGAUUGCUCUUUGGAGCCGUGCGCUCUCCGGCGAUGAGAUCAAGAAUUGCAAAGACAAAUGCCCCACGUCGGACGGGUUGGUCGCGCUUUACACCAUGGACAACACCUACGACGAUGCGCAGGGCAAGUAUGCCGCCUUGACCAAUCACGAUGGCGCUUUCUCAAGCGACAUCUACACCACUACUGACAUGUGCUUGUGGAAAUGAUGGAUCGAGUCGACUUUUUUGCUUCGAAUUGCCUUGACGACCCAAGUGCGUGCAGCACUCUCCGUCUUCAAGUUGCGGAUGCCAGGCAUGUCGUGGAUGACCUUGGGCACUUGCAUGGACUGACUUGCGCUUUUGUAGUCUUCAGAGCCUUUGAACACUCCCUUGUCACAUGGGCACACUCGCACGCGGCGGGACCUAAAGAAGCCGGAUUUUCCGUUGAGAAAAGGAG